AAUCAAAUGCUUUAUACCACGACUUGCAUGGGUAUAAAACGUUUUUACAAAAGGAAACGUACUAUAAAGCAGGUUAAAUCAUUAUCAUCAGAAAAAAGGAGAUAUUCAGUACAGAAUGCAUCCGGAUCUGGAGCCCUUCCUCCAAGAAACAGUCCACGUGCAACACCAUAUUUGAAUACGCCAGUUACAUCAGCUGGACCAAUACCUGUAUCAUCGACAAUUCCAAGAGCAUCGAUCGCAUGUAUCCCACUGAGUGUUCAGGCUCAAAUUCAACAAAACCAAGCAAUUAAAUCUGAACAACCUUCUAUUGCAAAACCUACACCAUCACCUUUGACAAAAACUUUUGUUACACCUCAAGUAACACCCAGAGCAUCUAUAAGCAAAGGUUCUGAAUCAGAUAUAGAACAUACUAAAAAACUUAAUCGUCUACCAAAAUCUUUCCAAUGUGAUUGUUGUCAACAUGUUACUGUGACCAGAAUAACAUAUCAUGUUGGUGUUUUAACAUGGCUUAUGGCAGUGUUAAUUUUUUUAUGUGGUGGCGUUCUAGGCUGUUUUCUGAUACCAUUCUUUACAAAUUGUUGUAAAGAUGUUAAACAUGAAUGUCCAUUCUGUGGUACAGAAAUUGGUAUGGUUAAAUGUAUCUAAAUGUGUUUUCUUUUUAUUUACUACUGGACAAUGAAUAGAAAUACUUAUUUGGUUGGAAAUCACUUACAUCCUAUGAACACAUACCAUAUUUGCGUUUCAUAAAUAUUUUUACUUAUGUUCUGUGGAGAACAAUUUUUAUUCAAAGUAAAUAGACUAAUCUCAACCACAAAAAAUAAAACAUGUAUUACUUCGAAGGUGUUGCCAUUUUAUAAAAGAAAGAAAGAAACCCCAGAGACUUUUUUAAAAUUAUAACUCAAAUACUGAUUUCUUAUUUUGCUGUAUUAUGUAUAAAUCAAAAAUGAAUAGUAAUCUGUAUCUAAUGAUAUUGUAAACGUAAAAUUCUAUUAAAUAUUCAACAUUUAACAUUUUGAUUAAUCAUUGUAAGUUUAUUUCUUACUACUGAAAAGUGUUGAUAUUUUAAUGAACAAUAAUUUUUUCAUUAUUAUUAUUAUUAUUAUUA